CGUGCUACCCUCUUUCAACUGGACAGCGACCGGCAGCUAGCCGUUCGUUGUCCCACAUAAGAAAUGCAACAUCAGCACAAGGCAGGAUGUUGCUAAACGACACCCACUCAGCAGAGCUCUAGAAAAUACUUUGUUAGCAUUUACUUACACACACAUACAUAAUUGUAAAACACAUAAAAUUCUUUGGCGGAGGUUUGAUUUGAAUCUCAAGCCACAAUAAAAUUAUUCCGUUUGGAACAACCAAAGCGAACACAUCAACUGUUUAUUUAAAUCUUAUCUGAAUAUUGGAUGACUAACAGCAGCACUAACAAUUACAUACUAUAACUGGCGCAGCCGGACCUAUCAGCCGGAAGGAGAAAAAGGACACACCAUACCCGGAGAACUGAGAAGGACCGAAAUGAUGAAAACGAUUAUUUUUAUAAUUUAUAUGCAACAGUGCAUAUUGGUCCAUGGACAGACAAUGGACGUGCAAACACUAAAACGAGAAGAAGCGAUCGUAAAAAUGGAACUGGGAAAAGCAAGAGUAAUGGUCGGAGCGAAGACGUUCGACCAUAUAAUAAACUUUAAAGACUACGAAGGUAAUAUUGCACAGAUUGAAAACGCGUUGUUAGACAUAGAGAAUGUUAGAUUCUCAGGUGAGGCAGUCCAGGUGGUUAAGGAAAAAUUGUACCAGGUGAAGGAGAAGCUAGAAAUACUUAGACCAAGAAGUAGGGUCAAAAGAGGAAUUUUUAAUGGGUUAGGAAGCAUGAUAAAAAUAGUUUCGGGAAAUAUGGACGCGUAUGAUGAGGAGAAAAUAGGAAAUAGAUUAAAAGAAUUAAGAAACGAAACAAGGUUUCUUACACAAGAAGCGGACGAGCAAAGAACCUUUUAUCAGGAAACCUUGAGUAGGUUUACGAAAAUUACUAAGCACAUAAAUAAGGAGCAGGAAGAUAUAAAUUUGUUUAUAAAAAAUUAUAAGAAUAACGUAUUUAAGGAACUAACACAAGAGCACAAUGAAAUACAUAUGCUCCAGCAUUUGAAUAGGAUAAGUUACAGUAUUGAUUUGUUAGCAGUGCACUUGAACAAUAUUGCGGAGAGCAUAUUAUUAGCAAAACUUCGCAUUGUGCCUAAAUUCAUUUUAGCAGAGACAGAAUUAGAUAGAAUUAUACGGUUUGUCGAGAGUCAAGGGCUCAAAAUUGUUUCAAAUGAACAAGUAUAUGAACUAAUAAAUAUACAGGCACAAAUAAAUGAAACAGACAUAAUAUUUAGGGUAAGAGCUCCAAUUUUUGAGCCAAAUGUCUAUCAAUUAUAUCAUGUUAUACCAAUUCCAAUUAAUGGGACACAUUUAUUAGUAAUACCAAAUUAUGUAGCAAUUAAUAAGUAUAAAAUAAGCUUUUUUAACAACCAAUGUUCAAAAGUUCAUGAAACUUUUAUUUGCGAGAGUGAAGAGUUGGGUGUUGAGAUAAAAGGAAAGGAGUGCUUGAGGAAGAUUUUAACGAACAAACCACCAAUAUGCGAUUCAGUAAAUCUAGAGGGGAGAGAAAUGGUUUUGGCACCUGAGGAUGGACACAUAUUCAUUUUCAACGCCUUGAACUUACCUGUAAACAACACGUGUGGAGAAGAUAUUACAGUAUCGGGGGCAUUAGCAAUCAAAUAUGCAAACUGUUCGAUCGAAAUAAAUGGCAUAAAGUAUGAUGGCCAAGUUAUGGAACAUAAAGAGGACCAUAUAGUACUUACCACUGCAAUAAGUAAACAGAUACUUAUAAAUAACACCAAACAGGAGUUAAACCUAGAAGUGUUACAUCUCGAAGAUAUGAGAAACCUCAAAAAAGUAGUGUACAUAGGAAAAGUACAGGAAACACAUUUUUCUGUAAUAUACGGUAUGUUGGUGCUUCUAACGAUAACAGUACUGGUAAUAUGGAGAAUUAGAAAAACAAAAACAAUCUUCACCCCCAAUGCUUCUCUGCACAAUGUCGCUCUGGAUAUACCACAGAUGUGGCCAUCGCUCCAUUCUAGGGGGGAGGAGUUACCAUACCGGUACCAUCGACUACGCCACCGCCUAAACCUCCCCGUGCUACCCUCUUUCAACUGGACAGUGACCGGCAGCUAGCCGUUCGUUGUCCCACAUAAGAAAUGCAACAUCAGCACAAGGCAGGAUGUUGCUAAACGACACCCACUCAGCAGAGCUCUAGAAAAUACUUUGUUAGCAUUUACUUACACACACAUACAUAAUUGUAAAACACAUAAAAUUCUUUGGCGGAGGUUUGAUUUGAAUCUCAAGCCACAAUAAAAUUAUUCCGUUUGGAACAACCAAAGCGAACACAUCAACUGUUUAUUUAAAUC